ACAUUGUGUUUAUCCAAACCUAACACCAUGCGUCUCACGAGCGUCUUCCUUCAUUAGUGCAGCUGGUGAUAUCCUUGGCCCCGGCUGGCUCUCCUGCGCUGUCGGUCACGCGCGCACACGUGCACAUACGCACACUCGGAGCUGAGCGUCACUAGAGGUAGAAGCGGCGGCAGCGACAGCUAAAACGGUUUCGGCAGGAAGGGGCGACGGGCUGUGACUGGAUGCUUAGUCACAUUUGGCUUUGACCAGGGAGGCGAAGGAUGGAGCGGGUGAAGGAGAAACACUGAGGCGGGUCGGCGGGUGAAGAUACAGGAAGAAAGCAGGGGGGCAUCGCUAAAUCCGGAGUAGAUGAUGCUUAUUUGCCGCAGGCCCCGCCAUCGUGAAAUUGGAUACCGACUUGCGGCGGAUGGGGUGACCGAGCUCGCUGCUCCGCCGGGGAGGUCCCUGCCUUCGGACGUUACCGGGGUGGGAGCUGCCUGUGCCCGGUUCUAAGGAAGGAAGGAGUGGCAAGAGGGAAAAUGCAGACGGAGGAGGAGACGGCCACCGCAGAAGAGCCCAUUUUGGAGGAAGGGUCAGGACGGGAGCAGCAAAGGCCAGUCCAGCAGUCUCUGGCCUCCUCCCUGUGUCGGGAGUCCCAUUGGAAGUGCCUCCUCCUGACCCUCCUCAUGUACGGCUGCUUUGCCACACUGGCCUGGUGCGCUCUCUGUCGCGUGCCCGUCCUCGGCUCCUCCAUUCCUCUUGGUGCUGAUGACGAAGCCACCUCGGCGGCCUACUACAAUGGCAUUCUGCCCCUGGACAGUCCUUGCUCCAGCGGCUACGUCUACAUCCCCCUGGCCUUCCUGGCAAUGCUGUAUGUGGUUUACUUGGUGGAGUGCUGGCACUGCUUCUCCAAGACAGCACUGUUGGCUCACGCUGAAUUCCAGGAAGUGUACGAGCGUGUGCAGAGGCUUCAGCAAGCCACGCCCUGCAUUUGGUGGAAGGCCAUCAGCUAUCACUACGUGAGGAGGACCAGACAGGUGACAAGAUACCGCAACGGAGAUGCAUAUACAACCACACAGGUCUACCAUGAGCGGGUGAACACUCACGCUUCCAGUUCAGAGUUUGACUACGCCCGCUACGGUGUCAAAGACGUAUCAAAGGAGCUGUUGGACCUGCAACUGCACCCUGCUGUCCGCCUUCGUUUCACCAAAUGUUUCAGCUUUUCCAGUGCACGUGCUGAAGCUGCCUACCUCACCCAGCGAGCGCGCUUCUUCGGGGAGAACGAGGGGCUUGACGACUACAUGGAGGCCAGGGAGGGAAUGCACCUUAAGAACGUGGAUUUCCGCGAACACAUCCUGGCGUUCCCAGAUCCUGCUCACCAGCCCUGGUUUUCCAGGCACAGGGUGUUCUGGCUGGCUUCUGCUUUCCUCCUGUCGUGGCCGCUGCGGGUUGUGUCAGAAUAUCGCACAGCAUAUGUCCACUACCAUGUGGAGAAGCUGUUUGGGGAGGAUGAGGAUAGUGGCGGAGGAGGCGGUGGAGGCGGGCCGGGUGGAGGAAGAGGGGAUGGGGUUGGGGGAGGGACCGAGAAUGGAAUCCACCCCGGAGGAAUCGGGAUUGGAAUUGGUCUAAAUGGGACAAGUUACAGAGCCAUCUCUCGGGUCAACACGGUGGACAUGACAGAAUUGGAGUGGCACAUCCGCUGUAACCAACAGAUGGUCCCAAGCUACUCUGAGGCCCUCCUUAUGGACUUGGACAUGAGUGGGGGGACAAACCCUACCGCCUCUACGCCCAUCUCUGGGCCUACAGUCUCCACCCCCAGCCAGGGGCCCAACCCACCUCCUUUAGCUCUGCCUGUUGUGUUUAACUCGGCUUACCUCCUCCAGAGCUGCCCCCGAUGCCGAAGGACCACGUCAAGUUCCAGUCUUCCUUCCAGGCUAAGGGCCCCCAUGGGAACCACAGCCCUCCUGAAUGCUACAGUGGCAGGGAUCAGAGCAGCGGGGCAGGGAGGUGGGGGUAUAGGAGGAAGGUUGGUGCUCAGUCGGAGCGGAUUCUCCCUGGGGAGACUUGGAGCUGGGCGCCAGAACAGCCUGUUUCAUUCAAGGAGCAUGGGAGGAGGGCUGGGAGGAAGAGGAGGAGGAGGAGGAGGAGGAGGUGGUGGAUUCCUUGGAUUAGGUUCAAGACAGGACAACGAGGAGACCAGAGGAGUGCUGGAAGGAGAAGGGGACGACGAUGAGGAAGAAGAGCAGCAGGAGGAGGAGGAGGAGGUGAGGAGAAGGGAACAGGGAAGAGGAGGCAGAGAGAGGGAUGAAGAAGCAGAGCAAGAGAGUGGAGGGGGUGGCGAGUUAAGAGAUGGUGAGGUGGUAGGGAGGGAUCGUCCUCCAUCCUACCAGGACGCAUUCUUCUUUCCUGUCCUCAUCAUACACGGAGAGGAGAGCUGCCAUGCUGGAGACGACAUGUGACAAUUCGGAAAAAAAAAACAUAUUAAGAGCAAGAAAGUCUGGGCAGAGGCCGAGGGAGAUGAAAGAAUGCACUGAACAAAGAAAAGGUUGGAUCAGUGAGAAGUGGAUGAGGGAAAAUGAGAUGAUAGACCUGAGGAAUGAAUGGAAUGAGAACAGAAUGAGGUCGAAAGAAAAGAGUUGGUUGACAGCAUACCAACCGCAGAAAGAAGAAAGGAUGCAGGCAGAACAAAGCGUAAGAGGUAAGAACAGCUGUAUGACAGACAUAUUGCCACAGAAAGAGGGAAAGGGGGAAAGAUGAAAAGAAGGAUGGUUAGAGAAUGUAAUGUACGAGGGGAGGAGGACAAACAGAGCAAGUGGACUGCUGCAGGAGUUUUGAACAGAUAUAGUGCCUACUGUAAAAUGGCAGGAAACACUGAUUCAGACGGUGAUGAGAGCCGAUAGGGAGUGCAGCAGCAAGAUGGUGUGGAGUCUGAGAACAUGAGUGAAGGCAAGAGAAUGCUCGCAGUCCUAGACUUUGCUACUCAGAGAUUGUAUGAGAGAUGGGAUACUUGGGAGGAACGGAAGACUGAAAACACGGGGAAGUCUAUUUCCAGAUAUAUCUAUGCAAGGACAGGAGUGGGUGGAGUAACAGGUCUAAAGAUAGCAGAUUGGAGAGCAGUGGAGAGACUCCAAACCAGCUGAGUGGCAGUGGGUAUUUUUUCAAAAAGAAAGAAAAGUGGAGGAACUGCAAAAGGAUAUUUUGAGGGCUUGAAGCUUCGGUUUUGCUAAAAUCAAAAUAUCUGGAGGCAGACUAAAAAUCUGACUCAUGAAAGGGAUGGAUGGAGUUUUUGAAGAGGGGUUGUAUGAGGGACUUAUUUAUAGUUAGGUCAGCAGCCUCAGUUAGGAGAAGCGGGAGUACCUACACAGACGCUAUAGCAAUGUAACUUCCUGAUGUGGAAAAAGGGUAACAGCAAAAUGUAUUUUAGUCUUCUAAAAAAAUCAGUUUAAGUGUAUGCUAUAUUGAUAAAAUUUUCACUACUUAAAGUUGCCAUCAGACAGCCCUUUCCAAUGGGGAACUGAAGCAGUUAUUAAUACUCUCCUCAAAGCUACCAGACGUCUUUGACAAGAACAGUAAUUGUACCUCACAGAACACGGGAGCUGCUGGUUUACUGCUAUAUUAAUUGGCAGGUGUGUGUUUGUGUAGGGCGUGGCGAUAUAAUGACUGUGUACGAUAAAUCAAUAUAUUUUAAAGCAAUAUAUAGAAUUAGACAGUACCAUUUAUAUCGAUAUAGAAUUGUUUCAAACUACAGUGGAUUUCGGCCUACUUUUACACUUGCGUUAUAGUUUUGUGGCCUGUGCUGCAAACCUUUAAACCUCUAGCUCCACUGCUAUGUGCAAAAAGUUAACGUAAAGCGCUACUAUUCAUUUUAUAUCAUUUUUCAUUCACGUUGCGCAGCUGUAUAUUUUCAAACAGUGAAAAAAAUCCUCGUCUUUGCAUUUUAUUUUUAUCACAGUCUGUUUUUUAGAAACGUGCUUGUGACAUCUCAAAUGUAGCUUUGACUACAAAUUGAAUUUUUGUCCAUAUAACCCAGCCCUAUGUUAUUGUGUGACAUUGGUCUUCCAAAGGGUUAGUUCAGAUAUACCAAGGUCACACAAAAACAUGAACAAACUAAGCGAUCAAGGCAGCAGUAGACCAAAAACUUCUUUCUUCUGCAAGGUAAUCUCUAUAAACAGAUUUCUGUAUAUGCAUGCAUUUCAGUAGUAUUGACAAGUCAGGUUUGAAUGGUAGGUAAACAGUCUGUGUGGAGAGGCAGAACACAUUUGCCGAACAGCAAACAUGGAAACUGUCGGCGACCAUCUGACGACUAGUAGCUUCUUUUCUUUUUAUUUAUCUGUUUUGAAAUACGGGUAUCUAUUUAUAAAGAUUAGCUGAAAUGACCAGCACACGAAAGAGUAAGUCUUGUCCUUGACCAAUAUCUGCGGACUAUACCAGUUCAGCCUGAAAUAUUUCCCUCACCCCCAGAGGCUAGACGAUAGCUGAUGGGUUCUGAUUUUGUCUGCAAAGUACUGUCUUUGUGAAAUGAGUGUGGUGGCUUUGAGCAUAAAUAGAACAGCUUCAGUUCUCCAUUGGAAAGUGUUAUCAGACAGCGAUGUUAAGUUUUGAUUUUUUUUAUAGUCUAAACUAAACUAAACUAAACUAAACUAAACUGGUAGUGACUUUUCUUAGGUGGCUAGAAUACAUUUUGCUGAUGACCCUGUCCACAGCAGUACAGCAGUGCCUACUUCUCUAAACUAGGGCAGGUCGAUCGACAACCAAGGUAGAUACACUGACUAUGGAGAAGUGCCUUACACAACCCCACUUCAAAAAAUACAAAUUAUCCCUCCAACAAUAUCAAACACAGAAAAAGGAAAUAAUUCUUAAAUAACUCAGAAGAAGGAGGAAACAGAUGAGCUCACAAAUGAUUACAAAAUUCAAUGCAGAGAAGUAAAGUAAAGGGAGAGAAACAGUGAAAUGCUUUUGCCGAGGUAAAAUGUGGAGAGAAAAAAGGCAAGGGAGGAGAGAACAAAAUCCAAGGGUAACGGAGCGCAACACAUAAACAAUAUACAAAGACAAACUGACCAUGACAGACCAGAUUACCCUCAAUCUUGUUUUCCAUUUGACAGAUAAUUCAUGCAUCCUAAUAAAAAAAAACAGUUAUCAAAAAGAUCAACUCAAGAGGAGGAGAGAUAAAAAGGAAACCCAGGAUCUAUCACAAAGACAAAACACCUUCUGAGCAGCAACCCUGACCUUGAAUCUAAUCAAACAUUCAAAUAGUUCUCCAAGUAACUUUUUCAAACAGGUCCCUACGAUAAAUUAGGUCAUCUAUAAGUCACUGUACAACUUCACACAGCAUCUGGCUAGCAACCGUAGCAAUAAUUAAAGAAAAGAAGCAUUGAUUUCCUCCCUUCUCUCCUCCAUCUCUUCAUGCAUCCUCUUACUCCUCACUUCCCCAUUAGCUUCCGCUCUACUCUCUAUCCAUUACUGAAAGAGAGCUGAUAGAAAAAAACUUCUCAGCUCCUCUUCUCUCAUGCUGCUGUUCUCCCUCCAUUUUGUCACCUACCCUGUUCACCUUCCUCCUUCCUCACCCCUAUAUGCACUGAAUAUCAUACGUUACAAAUGCAGAGGUGUAAUUUUGAGUAGCAACACUUACCGCCUUUAUUAAAACACAACGAUUUAGGUGCUAGGGUUGUUGUUUUGUUUUUUGCAAUUAUCACAUUCUGUGUUAUAAGUGAAGCGAGGGCGUUGUACCAGAAUAGAUUCGCUGCAUCCAUCCGUCUCCCUCCUUUCUUCCUCUGGCAUCUUCUCUCUUCCACUCCUCUUUUUAAAGCGGUGGUUGUGUGAUACACCUCGCUCUGCUCCUCAGAUCAGAUUUCAUCUCGACUCACUCCACAUAUCACGUGUCCUCUCGGCAGAUUUCUCCUCCAGGAUCAGAUUCUAUAAACCAGAUAUUUCCCACCUUAUAUGAAGUUUGUUUGUGACCUCUCGCUAUAUUGUCAAAGAUACAGAAUGAUCAAAUGACGUAUGUACUUUGAUCAGUGAAUAAAGUAAAAGAAAGGGACAAAUUUGGCCUUAAAAGAUUUUUGAAAGGUCGCAAACACACGGUGUGAUUCUCACAAAACGAUGUUUAGCUAAUUUCCACCAGUUAUGCCUGUGUAGUUGUGCUCUAGUUUUAAACAUUUGUACCCAAAGAUAGGCGCAAGAUAAAGAAAAAUAUAACAAUAACCAGUUCCUCCAUACCAGUAUACUAUAUAUCACAAUACUGUAUGUGUUUAGGCAUGAAAAACCACCUCUUUAUCUCAUUUAUGUCUGUAAUAUUGGACUGCAUGGGAAGUUGAGCUGUCAAGCUCAGCAGGCAUUCUCCAAAUAAUAAAAAAAACAUACAAGAUAAAAUCACAGUUUUGAUUGCUUUGAGCAGACAACAAAAUCGCUGAUGAGAAUUUACAAUGUUAAAAUAAAACCAACGAUACCAUCACAAUGAUCAAUAAUGCCCAGCCCUGUGAUAGCAUACGUCUGGCCAGACUGUGGCGUGCUGCUACCUCCUCCUCUUGAAGAAUCACCUGCAAAUAAGUAACAGCUCUCUGAAACAUCGCCUCACUAUAAGAUGUGUAAAAGGUAGCUGGCAUAGAGAUGCAUGUCACUUAAUAACAGCUGUUGUGCAGGAGCUGCUAAUAGCUAUGUAGCAAAUAUGUUUGCCAUUGCAAAAAUGCAGUGCCAAAAAGCAGUGAUCCAUGAUCAAUCAACACAAAUUUCAAUACAUGUAGACGAGGGCACAGACAAGAAUCCACAGGGGUUAACUCUCUGUCCCACUUUGUGAGUUGGUAUGUUCUCACGGAAAAUCAGUCCAGGGAGAAACAAUUGGCACAGACAACACAACCAUGAGUACAUAUAUUUUACAAAGCACACUAAACCUGCUACAGUAGCAAAAAGCAGUUAGAGUAGUUAGCUGAACAUUUCUUAACCUUUCCUGCGUGGUGCCCCUCAGAGGUCACUCCAGCCACUUUGUCAUGUCGGAAGGGUCUCCCUCGUUCUCUAUCUGCUUACUCUGGACACGAUACUGAAAAGCACAUUUAAAGAGUGACGCUGGAGAGAAAUCUCUGUCAUGAGGAGUUUCCUGAAAAAACAGCAACCAUGAUAUACUUCAUAUACAAUAGAGAUAACGGACAUGUUAAUGAACGUACACACAGGCACACAAAUACUGUAACAUCAAACAUCCAACCUGGAUUCAGCAGAGACAGCAGGGAACGUUCUUUCAGUGAAACUUUCUGGAAGGAUAAAGUAGAGCACGAGUGCUGACCUGGUUUGGUGUAUGAGAUACACACACAUACACACGUUCUGACACACAUUCGCACGCACCAAUUCUGGCUCAUGGAUCUUCAGUAGCUUUUGGGGGACAUCAAGCUGAAAGUGGGCGCAAGGAAAGAAAUGGACGGAGUAAUUAAAGGAGGAAAACUGACGGAGAGAAUAAACAGCCACAAGGAUGAGUGUUUCUGUAUGACUGGAGAACUGGAACAAAGAUUUGCUUAAACAACUGUGGAAAGGAAGAAAAUGUGAGAUUAAAAGACAAUUAUUUUUACAGCUAUUUAUCAUUAUUCUCAGUCUCUUGACUUGUGGAUAAAACUGUCUCCAUUAUUGUCCCUUAACGAAAAGAAGCACUAAAAAGCACUGACCACACUUCUGUGUUAAUUUGAUUGAGUUGCUUUCACUAAUUUGCAGUCACUCAGAUUAUUUGUAUGUAUUUUCAGUCAUACAGCCAGUUAGCCACUUAAAUUUGAAAUUACAUUAAGUGAACUCUGAUUUAAAAUGAGGUUGCUUUUACAUUUCUAUCUAAAUGUUUUGUCACCAAAUGUGACAAAACAAGAAAAUACAAUUGUCUGUAAUUUGCUACUUUUAUAUCAUCUGCAUACUUGAGUAGACAUUAUUUCAGGUUGUUUAAGUGAUGUCUAAAAUUCAAUUGCCUUUGUAAGCUGUAAAUUUCUCAUGUUUUAGGUGUUUGUUUGUUUUUUUUAAUUUUGUUUUUUAUUUUUGUAAAACAGAUGAUGCUCUUGGCCUCCCAAUGAGCUUCGAUCGCAGAGCCUCCGGCUCUAAAUUGUGUAGGGUGCUUGGACCCAGUUAUACUUGCUUGCAAGUCUAGUUUGUUUAUUUAUUUAUUUAUUUUGAACAGACAAGUAUAUUUCACUCAUAUGUGUUGUAACUGGAUAUUUAUACUGUGUUUUAUUAUCUCAGAGUGUGUCAAAAGUGUGUCCUCUGCCGCUUCAGGUGUGCCAAGAGAACUUUGUGCCCAUGAUGUCUUAUACAAACACACACUCAUGCGUGCUUGCAUGUUUAGUCACAGCAGUAAAGCAGCAUUUAUAACAGCUUAUUUUAGACUAGAGUGACAUUAAUCCAAUACCAUAAUAUCCCCCAUACAUGCAGUCUGAACACAAAAUGUGCACACACAUACACACACACACACACACACACACACACACACACACACACACACACACUGAAAGCAUGGAACUGUCCUGCUGUGUUGCCUUUAUGUCCGACGUUGCCAACUUUUUUGCUCAGGAUUUCAGUUCAUGCUGCAUUCCUGUGUCAACACAAGCUGUCUUUAUUCACACAUAAACAUCCGUCAUGCCAAAGCAAGCACAAAAAAAAAAACAAAAAAAAAAAACAAGCAUCACAGACAGAAUGCCUGAGCUAACACACAUGUACAUAGACGAUAGCAGCUGGUACCGGUGGUCCACACAAUGUGCAAUUGCACAUGAUCUGUGCUGGUGGACUUCUACAGCACCAAACAUUUACACGAGGUGACAAAAGGGUGGAUUUACUCAGGAGCAAAAAAUAAUGGAUGCCUAUUAAGUGAUCUUUAUUUGCAAAGUGCACAGGUGCAGCUCAUGUGUUAAUCCGCCCAGAAUGUGUCUUGUAUGUUGAGGUGUGUUUGGUUAAACCAGGCAAGCUGGGUUUUUGUCCACUAGGUGGCAGCAAAGCCUUAUAUAUUGUUAUAACGCAGAGAUGUGUGGUACUGUUUAUUGAGGGUAAACCAACAGUGAAUCAAACAGGGUAGAAAACUGCUGCUGACCUGCUCUCUGUGGGUUAAAGGGAGACAUAUGUAUUUUUCAACCUGGGCCCUAUUUCCCCAUAUUUUAUGUCUCUGUUACUGAUGAAGGCAACAAUUUUUGAAAAUGAUCCAGUUUUAAGUGUGAGGGGUGCAGCCAGCAGCUGUAUAACAGGCUGCAGUGUAACCACUUGGGGGCAUUUGUGCAGCAUCACUUUACAUCCACUAAAAGUGCUUGCUUUUGGCACUGAUGGGUUCACAUUUUUAAUGUAAGUGUCUUACAGCAUUAUGGAAAGGAUCCUCUUACAGCAUUAUGGAAAGGAUCCCUACAGAGAUAGACCUUUUUGUCGAAAAUGCCAUCGCUAAACUCACCAAACUUCAUUUAAAAAAACUGUAAUUUUAUCAUCAUAAAACACACUUCAGCCGAACUUGACAAAAUGAAAAAAUAAAAGUCACAAAAAGUCUUGAUUCGUCUUUUUACUGUUCCAACAACCACCAACUCUGUCUUGGUUGAAAUUAACCCUGAAUUGACCCGGUUAGAUGUGAAAAUAUGUUGGCUCUAUACAUGCUAAAAUUAGUGUUUAUUUAAAUGGAGUCUGGUGGGUUUGGUGAUUGUGAUUUCGGGGCUGUUUCUGAUUAAACAAAAAGGAUCUUACUCUUUAACAUAAAGGUCUGUUUCUGUAGGGAUCCUUUACAUAAUGUUGUCACAUACUUAGUACAACAAUAUGAGCCUGUCAGUGGCAAAAACAAGGACUCGUAGUGGACAUAAAUUGACGGUGCACAAGUGCCUCGAGUGGUUAUACUGCUGCUUCAUCUUGCUCAAAAACAGACCAAUUUCAAAAAUUGUUUUCUCCAUCAGUUACUUGGACAGGAAAACACUGGAAGAUAGGGUCUAGGUUGAAAAAUACUGAACUUCAGUCAGUGAUGUCAAACCAGGUAAUUUGUCUUUAGCAGCUGAUAAAAAGCACCUGCUAUGACGUCACUGAUGGAGAUCUGGGUGUAGGUGCAACAAACCCGAACGUUGAAACCUACAGAGAGCAGUGCAGUCCUAUGUGAUUGUGCAUUUAUCUUCACUGAUCGUAUUAUUUUCCUUUAACUGUGACUGAAUGUGUUGCAAAGCAAUAUUGCCCAUAUCCCUGCUUCGUGGCUGGACGUGUAGAUAUUGCUAAGCGUCUUUGUGAACUUAUAACCACUAGCAAUGGGAGCUUCAGUCACUGAAAUAACAGCACUGUUAGAUACAUUAGCAUCAUGUGACUGAGCCUCCAUUUCCACUGCAUAAGUCAUUAUCUGGCUUUGUCGCUCGAUAUAACACAAACCCCAAAUAAGACGAUAGAAGGGAAGGUGGUUUGGUUUGUGAUCAACAUUUUGUAUUUCCAAAAGACCACUCUGAAAUACACAUCUGUACUCUUGCGCCCACAUAUAGUUUCUUUGUUUUGCAUGGGAGCAAAUCUCCACUCUUGCUUCCCACCUUUUAAUCAACUUCACUUGACUAUCUUAUAAAAUGCUCUAGCAAUUAUGACCGAUGUAUUGUUGUCAAUACUGUAACUGUUUCUCUUGUGGUCAUGGGAGGAGUCGAGUAGUCAUACCCAGUUUGUCAAACACUGUAAAAAACAUGUUAAGAUUGGUUUGACUCGAGAUCACAUGAAUUCCAGCUGCAUUUUCCGUUGUGAUUUUCACUUGGUUAGUCUAAUGUGGAUACGACAAACUAUCAGGUAACAAAUAGAAACUUGUGAUCCAUCGACUGUUUCACACACGGUUAAUGUUAUUUAUACAGAGUAAAAAUUGACCAAAAAUAGACUUCAGGGUAAUCUUUUGACCUCUGACCUCAGACAUUUUAAUGUGGAUUUGCGUGCAUUAACAAGUCUCCCUCAGAAUAGAAGCAGCAGCUCAGUCUAUUAUUAUCCACAGACACACUUGUGCUGCUCUUUUAAUGACAAAUAAUAGCAGUUUUCCAUUGUGCAAAAACUGAAUUGUAGCUAUACUGAGCCUUGUAUCUGUGUGAUACAUGUAUCACCGCCCUUUGUUUUUGCACUGGAAUAAUGAGCAGCUGUGUAUUGUUGCGUAUCUCUGAUGCAACAACUUGACCACUGCAUGUAAAAACUCCAAUGCUGAGAAUCACAUUAUUAGAUAUGACUGUAAUGUGUCAGUAAGAACUCGUCUGAGUUUAAAGAGACAGAUCAACUCCAAAUUAAAAAUACAUAACUUUCUUCUUUACUUUAGUGCAAUUUAUCAAUCUAGAUUGUUUUGGUGUGAGUUGCAGAGUGUUAGAUUUAUCGGCCGUAGAGACGUCUGCCUUUUCUCUAAUAUAAUGGAACUCGAUGGUACUCGGCUUGUAGUGCUCAAAGCGCCAAAAAAAUAGAUUUGAAAAACUCAACAGCAAUGUCUCUUUCCAGAAAUCAUGACCCAAUUACUGAAUGUAAUCCACAGAGCUUGUUGUGAACAGUUUCAUGUAGGAACUAUUUUCUUGUUACCAAACUACACCCACUUACUGUAUCACUGUGCAGAAGGAAGUGUGCAGCUACUGCUAGCUCACCUAGCACCACUGAGCUAGCUAACGUUACAGCUCAGCUAAGGAGGACACCAUUAAUGUUUACAUCUCGCACUGUCAUGUUACGAGCAUUGUUGGUGGGUGUAGUUUGGUAGAAAGAAAAGGGUUCCUACAUGAAACUGCUCACAACAGCAUCUUUGGAUUAUCUUGAGUAGCUGGGUCAUGAUUUCUGCAAAGAGACAUUGCUGUUGAGUUUUUCAAAUGUAUUUUUUGCCACUUUGAGCACCUCAAGCUGAGUGCUAUCUAGUUUUAUUAUGUUCGAGAGAAGGCAGACAUCUCUACAGCCGAUAUUUCCAGCACUUAGCAACUCACACCAAAACAAUUUAGACUUAAAAAUAGCACUUUGAGUAAGAGGGAAAAUAUGUAUGUUUGAUUUGGGGUGAACUGUCCCUUUAAGGCAAUGCAUUAGUGUCAGUAUAAUUAGCCGACUGAUAUUCAGUGUCUGGGUCAAGGCAAAUUUUAAGAUCAGAUUAUACUCAGUGUCGAUUUUUUAAAAUGUGGUCGCGAUUAGAGUUAGAGAUGCAGUAACUUAAGAAGUAACACCUCGCUUAAAUAUGUGCUGUGUCACCUGAUUGUUAGUUGAGUAUCAUCAUUGGAUAAUGAAGCUACAAAAAGCUGUAUUCAUGUUAAAGCCUAGACUCUAAAUGCGACAUGGCUUGUCAAUGCGGCACAAGCCCCAGCUCUCUCGGAGAUGAUCACGUCACAUGGCAUUCCAAGAUGCUCAUUUACUUUCCCGCUAAAUAUUUAAUGCUGCUGGAUUACCUGUGAGCUGUCAAACAAAUGAACUGUUACCACAAUGUAGUUGUUAUGUACAUGCAGCCUCUGUGGAGUUCAAACAAUAAUGUCACAUACAAUGCAUUAUUGUGUUACACAGUGAUGUGUAAAGCCAGGAAUGGGCUUUCUGUUCAAGCACCGUCAAGCAAAAUGUCCUCAGUAUUUAAGCUAAUUAAUAUGUAACUGAUAAUGAGAUUGUCAAUAUCACACCAGAUUGUAGCCGUUGUCACUGGCCUGUUUAAGAUAAUGUAAUUAUUUCAUUUGAGUGGAUGAUGACAGUGAAGGUAAUGGAGCUGGUGGCAAUAACACUGUUAACUGAUGCGGUCCUGGCGAUGAUGAUGACAAUUAAUUAUCAUGGAAGAUACAAAUAAAGUCAAUCUGCUUGG